GGAUAGUCAAGCUAUGAAGAUAUGAGCCUGAAGCACUUAAAUGGCCAGCUCUCUGAUCACAGGCAGAAAAACGAGGAAGCAAAAAGAAGUUGAUGGGCUGGGAGAAACAGAGUUCAGCGGACACAGCAGAUCUCUCGGCGGCAGCAGCGUUGCGAGGACUUACGCUGAGACCUGGAAUCGUAUCCUCGUGUGUUUUUUCAGACUCUUUGGAAAUUAAGGAAUGCAAUUCUGCCACCAUGAUGGAAGGAUUGAAAAAACGUACAAGGAAGGCCUUUGGAAUACGGAAGAAAGAAAAGGACACUGAUUCUACAGGUUCACCAGAUAGAGAUGGAAUUCAGGGGAAAAAAAAGACCCAGAAGACUCAGCUUCUCCUCACCUCUUGCUUCUGGCUCAGAGCCCUCUCGUUAACUCUGUCUCAGCAGCCCAGCCCACAUGAACCACCCUACAAUAACAAAGCAGAGUGCGCGCGUGAAGGAGGAAAAAAAGUUUCGAAGAAAAGCAAUGGAGCACCAAAUGGAUUUUAUGCAGAAAUUGAUUGGGAAAGAUAUAAUUCCCCUGAGCUGGAUGAAGAAGGUUACAGCAUCAGACCUGAGGAACCCGGCUCUACCAAAGGAAAGCACUUUUAUUCUUCGAGUGAAUCGGAAGAGGAAGAAGAAUCACACAAGAAGUUUAAUAUCAAGAUUAAGCCAUUGCAAGCUAAAGACAUUCUUAAGAACGCUGCAACUGUAGAUGAACUGAAGGCAUCAAUAGGCAACAUUGCACUUUCCCCAUCACCGGUGAGGAAAAGUCCGAGGCGCAGCCCGGGUGCAAUUAAAAGGAACUUAUCCAGUGAAGAAGUAGCGAGACCCAGGCGUUCCACACCAACUCCAGAGCUCAUAAGCAAAAAACCUCCAGAGGACACCACGGCGCUUGCUCCCCUCUUUGGUCCACCAUUAGAAUCAGCUUUUGUUGAACAGAAGACAGAAGUUCUUUUAGAUCAGCCUGAGAUAUGGGGUUCAGGCCAACCAAUUAAUCCAAGCAUGGAGUCGCCAAAGUUAACAAGGCCUUUUCCCACUGGAACUCCUCCACCACUGCCUCCAAAAAAUGUACCAGCCACCCCACCCCGAACAGGCUCCCCCUUAACAGUUGGACCAGGAAAUGACCAAUCAGCCACAGAGGUCAAAAUUGAAAAGCUACCAUCCAUCAAUGAUUUGGACAGCAUUUUUGGCCCCGUGUUAUCCCCCAAGUCUGUUGCUGUUAACGCUGAAGACAAGUGGGUCCAUUUUUCUGACACAUCCCCGGAACGUGUUACUCCAGAGUUGACUCCAAGGGAAAAGGUGGUGUCCCCACCAGCUGCCUCAGACAACCCAGCUGAAUCCCCACCUCCGGGCCCCCCGGGUCCUCCUGGCCCCUCAGGACCUCCGGGUCCUCCUCGCAAUGUACCAUCGCCGCUCAAUUUAGAAGUCCAGAAGAAAGUCGCUGAGCAGAACGUCAUUAAAGAUGAUUACUUAGAAACAAUCUCAUCUCCUAAAGAUUUUGGGUUGGGACAGAGAGCAACUCCGCCUCCCCCACCACCACCCACCUACAGGACUGUGGUUUCAUCCCCCGGACCCGGCUCGGGCAGUGGUGCGGGGACCACCAGUGGUGCAUCAUCCCCUGCUCGGCCAGCCACCCCCUUGGUUCCUUGCAGCAGCACGACCCCACCUCCACCUCCUCCCCGGCCUCCGUCUCGGCCAAAGCUACCUCCAGGGAAGCCUGGAGUCGGAGAUGUGCCCCGACCUUUCAGCCCUCCCAUCCAUUCUUCCAGCCCUCCUCCGAUAGCACCCCUAGCCCGGGCUGAAAGCACUUCUUCAAUAUCAUCUACCAAUUCCUUGAGUGCGGCCACCACUCCCACAGUUGAGAAUGAACAGCCUUCCCUCGUUUGGUUUGACAGAGGAAAGUUUUAUUUGACUUUUGAAGGUUCUUCCAGGGGACCCAGCCCCCUAACCAUGGGAGCCCAGGACACCCUCCCUGUUGCAGCAGCAUUUACAGAAACGGUCAAUGCCUACUUCAAAGGAGCAGAUCCAAGCAAAUGUAUCGUGAAGAUUACUGGAGAAAUGGUGUUGUCUUUUCCUGCCGGGAUCACCAGACACUUUGCCAACAACCCAUCGCCAGCUGCUCUGACUUUUCGGGUGAUAAAUUUCAGCAGGUUAGAACACGUCCUGCCAAAUCCCCAACUUCUCUGCUGCGAUAAUACCCAAAAUGAUGCCAAUGCCAAGGAAUUCUGGGUAAACAUGCCAAAUUUGAUGACUCACCUAAAGAAAGUGUCGGAACAAAAACCCCAGGCUACAUAUUAUAAUGUGGACAUGCUCAAAUAUCAGGUGUCGGCCCAGGGCAUUCAGUCCACGCCUCUGAACUUGGCAGUGAACUGGCGAUGUGAACCAGCAAGCACCGACCUGCGCAUAGAUUACAAAUACAAUACAGAUGCAAUGACAACAGCCGUGGCCCUCAACAACGUGCAGUUCUUGGUCCCCGUGGAUGGAGGGGUAACCAAGCUCCAGGCGGUGCUCCCACCAGCAGUCUGGAAUGCUGACCAACAAAGAAUAUUGUGGAAGAUUCCUGAUAUUUCUCAGAAGUCAGAAAACGGAGGGGUAGGUUCUUUAUUGGCAAGAUUUCAGUUAUCUGAAGGCCCAAGCAAACCUUCGCCAUUGGUUGUGCAGUUUACAAGUGAAGGAAGCACUCUUUCUGGCUGUGACAUUGAACUUGUUGGAGCAGGGUACAGAUUUUCACUCAUCAAGAAAAGGUUUGCCGCAGGAAAAUACUUGGCAGAUAACUAAUAAAGUCUUAUGCAAGGAUUUGGAGAUUCAUAUAAUGGAGAACUAUUAUAUGAGAAACAGGUUUUAAUUUUGGUUUGAUGAAAACAAACCAAAAAUCUGCACUUGGGAUAUAUCUGCUGGAAAUGUCAAUGACUUUCAGCAAUGAUUUCCCUCACAUGAUACCAUGAUGACCAGUCCUACAGUAUUUACUUCUAGGUGUAAUAUUGUUAAUGGUUUUAAAAUGUAAUUAUUGUAUUUGUAAAUUGUACUCAUUCCAGUAAGGCGGUUAGAUACUUGAGUUUUAGCAUUUUACCAUUCCUGAAAUGGAUGUAAUUUAAACUGUGGUAUGUAAAUUUAAUAGUAGUACUGUUGAAUGGCACAAUGCUUACAGAGGUAGAUUGCAUUUUGUCAAUAUAUAAAAUUUAAAUAUAAUAUUGUUAGCUGUCAUAAAGGGGGUGCCACGCACAAAGAAAAUUAAGCAGAACCAGAAAAAAAACUUCCUUUUCUUCAGUCCUUAGUAUGUUUUACUCUAGUGCUUAAUAAAAAUUCUAUCUUCAAAUGUUUAGUGGAUUAAAUUCAGAAACUAUUUCAGAAAACAAAAAAAAAAAAAAUUCUAAAGUUACAGCAUAUUCAAAGAAAAGCAUUAAUUGCCACUUUUUAAAAAGCUUUUUUUUCAAACUGCAAAUUUCAUAAAAAUGCAAACUGUGUAAACAGGGCCUCUUAUUUUUAUAACUUGUGUAAAAAGGGAAAGCAAUUCAUAUUUAAAGUUUAAGUAUAUGAAAUUAUAAACAAGAAUAAAGAAGAUGUUGAAAUCUUAACUACUCCCCUCCCUUCCACAGAUUACCAGAUCUGGGGACUACUGAAUAAUCAGACUAAAACCAAAAUUGUGGUUUUAAAAUUUCAAGAAUUUCCAUGAUUGAACUGGUUAACAACUUUUGCACAAUAUGUCUAGACAGAGACCCUCCCAUCCAGCAUGGAGAAUUGUACCAAGCAUCUUCCUCAUUACCCACAGGAAUCAAAACACUGACUCUUAAAAAAAAACAGAAAAAAAGAUUUCAGUCCCCAGUUGAAAUCCAGAAGUAGAAUUUUAAUCAUCAUUUAUAUUAUAUGGGAAGGAAAAAAUAAGCUUUAUAAUUGAAAUUCUAACCACAUUAUUGUGCAAUAAAUUUCCUUUUGGAUAAGAUUCAUUGUAUAUAACUAUAAAUCUUUGCCGUUCUUAGGGAAUCAAAAAGAGAGUUAUCAAAAAUGUAUGUUAUGAUUUCAUUGUUGCAAGGUAUAAUAAAAACUGUAAUUAUUCAGUCUGGCCUCAAUAUGGGAAUUCAGGAUGGAGAAGUCCUUCUUCAGGAGUCCCAGCUGUAAAAUCUUCCUUCAUUACAAUCUGAAAACAUGAAUCUUCCUUUAAGUCAUAGAACCUAUUUUAACAUAAACUCAUUCCUGUUCUAGGUUAUACUAUUAAAUAACUAUAAUUAUUAAGUUGUUAUGUUUAUCAUUAGUUGCUAAAUUUUAUUUACAUCAUUCAUAUUUGACAAAGAACUCUAGCCCCUUAAAAUUUUAGAAUCAAAUUAAAUUUUGUAAGCUUACUUUUAAAAUGAAAUUGUGACUGGCAAUUGUUUAUAGUGGAAUUUUUUAAAUUAAUAUUUGUACUCCUCAGUCAGUGCUUGCUACCAAGAGACUGUUCAAAAUGAUCUGUUUUACCUAAGAAGAAGUCUUGCUGUGCAAACAAAUUCUCGAUUGGCUCCCCAAGCAGUCUGAUGUUGAAGUUUUUUGAACAAGUAACUAAUAUAGUUAUUUAGUUACUUUAAAGAUAUUCAAUUUUAUUUUGAAAUAAAAAUAGAAAAUGAAACCUUUUAAAUCCCAUAAAACAUGGGGAAAUUUCAAACACUGGAACCAAUGGAGAGUAAGUAGCAGAAAAUUGAGAAUUAUCCAGCAUAUGAAUAUAAAAAUGUGUUUUUAAGAUAUUAAUCCAUGAGAAAACAUAUUAAAUAUUAACACAAAGCAUAUUAAAAAUAUGUAAAUAUUA